AUGCCAUCAACUUCACUUUGUUGUAGUUGGCUGAUAAUCUCAUCGACUUAUCAAAUCAUUAGGGAUUCAAAUUUCAAGAUUUUAUGCCCUCAAUUUAAGACAUCACACAAUGCCUCCCUCCUCCAGCUCCAGCGCAUUUCUCCUCCGGCGCCGCCUUCCUACUGUGUCGCCCUCCUCCAACGCCUAUCUGAUUUCCAUAUCGAUCUUCAAUUUUUGACGACAUCUCCAAACGAGUGCAGGGAAAAGUCACAUAAGUGGAGAUUCAAUGGCAAUGGUACCAUCACUAUAUGCGAUUGGUGUUUUAUUCUUUGGGGGCAAAAUGGUCUUUUGGGUUGCUGCUUUUACUAAUGCUUCUGGUUUGCAGUUUUUAGUUGAUCAAAUGAGUAUAUUAGGAUUUAUGAGUGCCAAAUAGAGUUUGUUGUAGU